AUGCAGGCGCGCACAGCGCUGAUGGCGCUGGCGGCGCUGGGCGCGCUAUCGGCGGCAGCGGUAGCGGUGGCGGCGGCGGCUGAGCGCGGCGGCGGCAUCAAGGUCGGCGGCGGCAGCGUGGGCGGCGGCGGGCGCGACGGCGUGCGCGGCGGCGGCGUGCGGCUCGGCGGCGGCGACGGGCUGCGGCGCCCGCGCACGUCCCCCGCCCCUCCGCCGCCUCGCCCGCCCUCUGUCAUCACGGCAGCGCUCGUCGUGCCGCACAAGGCAUUCGGCACGCGCGACUACACGAAAGCCGAAAAGGCAGCACUAUCUAAACUGCCGCGCAAACUAAAACUCUUCUCGCAAGUGCGUCUAAAUGUUACGCUUUCUACACAAGGCCUGACGCCUAGUCCAAUGUCUAUUCUGGACUCGCUUUGUAAAGAAUUUUUGGCGGUUAACGUGUCGGCCAUUCUUUAUCUUAUGAAUCAUGAACAAUACGGACGGUCUACUGCCUCUGCUCAGUAUUUUUUACAAUUGGCGGGAUAUCUUGGAAUACCUGUCAUAGCGUGGAACGCAGACAAUAGCGGUCUAGAAAAACGGGCGUCACACGCAUCCCUGCGUCUUCAGUUGGCGCCCUCCAUAGAACACCAAACAGCGGCUAUGCUGUCUAUUUUAGAACGAUAUAAGUGGCAUCAAUUUAGCGUCGUUACCUCAGCUAUUGCUGGACACGACGAUUUUAUACAAGCGGUGCGAGAAAGGGUCACAGCAUUGCAGGAUCGCUUCAAAUUUACAAUAUUGAAUGCGGUAGUAGUAAAACGACCGUCAGAUUUGAACGAGUUGGUGACAAGCGAAGCUCGGGUAAUGUUACUUUACGCCACUCGAGAAGAAGCUGCUGACAUACUGUCCACUGCCGGCGACCUUCAUCUCACAGGAGAAAACUUUGUGUGGAUCGUUACGCAGAGUGUUCUUGGUUCAAUGCAACAACCUAAUAAGUUUCCUGUGGGCAUGCUUGGUGUACAUUUUGAUACGUCGAGUUCGUCGCUGAUUGCUGAAAUCGCAACGGCCGUAAAAGUGUUCGCUUACGGCGUUGAAUCGUAUAUUUCGGAUGUUGAGAACAUAAGGCAUCCCCUGGGGACUCGACUAUCUUGUGGCGGCGCAGGCGCGGGUGAAGCGCGGUGGUCGACUGGCGAGCGAUUCUAUCGGCAUUUACGCAACGUUAGCGUGGACGGAGAAGCGGGCAGGCCUAACAUCGAAUUUACUCCAGAUGGUGAACUCCGGGCUGCCGAGCUUAAAAUCAUGAAUCUCAGACCUGCGAUUGGAGAACAAUUGGUAUGGGAAGAAAUUGGGACGUGGAAUUCUUAUCCAAAAGAACGCCUUGUGAUCAAGGACAUUGUAUGGCCCGGUGGCUUACAUACGCCACCUCAAGGUGUGCCCGAGAAGUUUCACAUGCGCAUUACGUUCUUGGAAGAGCCCCCUUACAUAAACCUCGCACCACCAGACCCUGUCAGCGGUCGUUGUUCGUUAGACCGGGGAGUCAUUUGCAGAGUUGCUCCGGAAGUAGAUGUUGCUGGCUUAGAAGCAGGGGCUGCGCACGGGAACAGCUCGUUAUAUCAAUGCUGCAGUGGAUUUUGCAUCGACUUGCUACAGCAAUUAGCAGAACAACUGGGGUUCACUUACGAGCUGGUACGAGUCGAAGACGGUCGUUGGGGAACGCUCCAUCAAGGCAAAUGGAAUGGACUUAUAGCAGAUCUAGUCAAUAAAAAAACGGAUAUGGUGUUAACAUCUUUGAUAAUAAAUUCCGAUCGAGAAGCUGUUGUAGAUUUUAGCGUGCCUUUCAUGGAGACAGGCGUGGCUAUUGUGGUCGCUAAACGUACUGGCAUAAUUUCACCCACGGCAUUCCUUGAACCCUUCGACACCGCUUCAUGGAUGCUCGUUGGAGCCGUCGCAAUUCAAGCAGCUACUUUUUCAAUCUUCUUCUUCGAAUGGCUUUCACCAAGUGGAUUUGACUGCUCUACUGGGCACAAUUCAAAACGUGUACCACAAAACCGUUUUUCUCUUUGCCGCACGUAUUGGAUUGUAUGGGCAGUUCUAUUUCAGGCAUCUGUACACGUCGACUCACCGCGAGGGUUUACUGCUCGGUUUAUGACUAACAUGUGGGCUAUGUUCGCUGUGGUGUUCCUUGCUAUUUACACUGCUAACUUAGCCGCGUUCAUGAUAACUCGAGAAGAGUUUCACGAGCUCAGUGGCAUUGACGACCCUCGGAUAUCGCGGCCGCUGACACACAGGCCUGCACUCAAAUUUGGAACAGUGCCCUGGUCACACACCGAUGCCACCCUGGCCAAAUACUUCUCAGAGCCACAUGCCUAUAUGACCCAGUACAACCGUAGCACAGUGAGCGCAGGUGUUACGAGUGUACUAACAGGGGAGCUAGAUGCAUUUAUCUACGAUGGUACUGUGCUAGAUUAUUUGGUGUCUCAAGACGAAGACUGCAGACUUUUGACUGUAGGUUCAUGGUAUGCCAUGUCGGGUUACGGAUUAGCAUUUACUCGUAAUUCUAAAUAUCUCAGUAUGUUCAACAAAAGGCUACUUGAUUUACGGUCUAAUGGAGAUCUUGAAAGAUUACGCAGGUACUGGAUGACCGGUACGUGUAAGCCAAAUAAACAAGAGCACAAGUCGUCAGACCCGCUGGCCCUGGAGCAGUUCCUGUCUGCGUUCCUGCUGCUGAUGGCCGGCAUCCUGCUCGCGGCACUGCUGCUGCUGCUCGAGCACGUGUACUUCCGCUACAUGCGGACGCACCUCGCCGCCUCUAGCGCGGGCUCGUGUUGCGCCCUUGUCUCUCUCUCGAUGGGGCAAUCUUUAUCGUUCCACGGAGCCGUAGUAGAGGCGGCGUCCCGAGGAUUUGGAGCUGGAGGUCGUGGACAUUGUCGUUCUGCAGUUUGUGCAGCGCAGGUAUGGCGCGCACGACACGAGCGCGACGCAGCAGUGGCGCGCGCGCGGCAGCUGGCGGCGGCGCUGGCGGCCCACGGGCUCGCGCCGCCGCCGCGCCGGCUGGCGUCCGCCGCGGCGCUGCUGGCCGGCGGCGAGGCGCACGACGCCACGCGCCCGCGCACGCUGCACGCGCCGGCCGACCUCCUGCCAGACCUCGACCGUCCGCUCUCUUGCGGCGACUUACGCGCAAGAGAGCGGACACGAGUAGAAAUGGAAACAGUGCUGUGAGGCGUAUAUUGCGCCACCUUAUUUCAAUUCCUGAAGGCUGUUCUUACACCAAGUUAUACAAGACGAAGUUAGUUAUACCUAAUGUUAAAAUACGGACAGAUAAAAGAGCGUUGUAAUUAUUAAAUAAAUUAUUCCAAUUAUUAAAACAGAGAGCUGGACGUAGAUAGCGAAGCGUUGUUGUGGGACGCGCGCGCAGCGCAGGCUGGGCGCCGAGCGCGCGUCCUCGUGUUGUCUACUACAAUAAAAUAUAUUUUUUGGACAAUAUAAUUGUGUUU